AGUGCUGACAGAAGGGAAGGCUGCAGAGAAGUGUGGGCUGGGUCAAACGGACACUUUAAAAGAGGCUCGCUCUGGCUCCUGUUCAUUUCACCGGCAGCCAGCCUGGUAGGCUCAGGACGAGUGGAUGAGACAGCAGCUCCAGGGGGAAGGUGUACUCUCACUUCACUGGAGCAAGAGUAUUUUUAGCUCGUCCACCCAACAAUUCCACUCUACGGUUUUUUUCUUGCACUCUUUCCUUGGCGGGAGACGGCCAUGGCUGCCGGUGUGGGCAGGUUGAUGUGGUCAGCUCUGGUGCUGCUGCCAGUCCUGAGGCUGUCUGAAGCUCUGCCAGCGAGCUGGCUGCCGGGAGAAUACGUGAACACCAGCUCAGAUGCACGGAGGUUCCUUGACAACUACAACAGCACCGCCGAGGAGGCGUUAUUCUUCAGCGUCUCUGCAAGCUGGAACUACAACACCAACCUAACAGACCACAACUCCAAGCUGCAGGUAAAUGCAUCCCUGGAGGAGCAGGCCUUCUCUGAAGCCUGGGGCAUGAAGGCCAAGCAGGUCUUCUCUCGUGAGUUUCUCAACACCCUUGACCCUCAAGACAAGAAGCUGAUGGAAAAGGUCAUGAGUCUGGGUCCGGCCAAUCUCCCCCAGAAGGAGAGAGAAGAGUACAACACCAUUCUCAGCACCAUGGAUAAUAUUUACUCCACUUCCAAGGUGCACCCGCAGCCAAACAUAAGCUGGAGCCUGGAACCUGAACUUACUGAUAUCAUGGCUAACUCCAGGAGCUAUAAGAAGCUGCUGUUUGCCUGGGAAGGCUGGCACAACGCAGCUGGCGUACCUCUGAAGGAGCACUAUCCUCGGUUCGUGGAGCUCAGCAAUCAAGCCUCUCAGGGUGAUGCUUUUGCAGACACUGGUGAGGAGUGGCGCUCUUGGUAUGAAUCGGAAACCUUUCAGCAGGACUUGGAGGAAAUCUACCGGACCAUCGAGCCCCUCUACUUAAACCUGCACGCUUUUGUGCGCCGUCAGCUCUACAACCAGUACGGCCCCAAGUACAUCAACCUGAAAGGGCCCAUCCCAGCCCACCUGCUAGGAAACAUGUGGUCCCAGACCUGGAACAACAUUUAUGACAUGAUGAUUCCAUUUCCUGACAAACCCAACAUCGACGUGACGGAUGAAAUGAAAAGACAAGGCUACAAUGCCACGUACAUGUUCCAAGUGGCCGAGGAGUUCUUCACCUCCCUGGGUUUAGACAAGAUGCCCGAAGAAUUCUGGGAAGGGUCCAUGCUGGAAAAGCCUGAAGGUCGAGAGGUGGUGUGUCACGCCUCCGCCUGGGACUUUUACAAUCGCAAAGACUUCAGGAUCAAGCAGUGCACCACAGUGACCAUGGAGCAGCUCUUCACCGUUCACCACGAGAUGGGACACAUCCAGUACUACCUGCAGUACAAAGACCAGCCGGUGGGCUUCCGCCGCGGCGCCAACCCUGGUUUCCACGAGGCCAUUGGAGAUGUAUUAUCCCUGUCUGUGUCAACACCCAAGCAUCUGCAUACCAUCAAACUGCUGGAUACUCUCACUUCUGACACUGAAACCGAUACCAACUACCUGCUGAAGAUGGCUCUGGAGAAGAUUGCCUUCCUUCCCUUCGGCUACCUCAUCGACCUCUGGAGGUGGGGUGUGUUCAGCGGAAGCACCCCUCCAGAACGGUACAACUCCGAGUGGUGGUACCUCAGAACUAAAUAUCAAGGCAUCUGCCCACCCAUCGGGCGCACCGAUGACCACUUUGACGCCGGCGCAAAGUACCACAUCCCUGGAAACACGCCGUAUAUCAGGUAUUUUGUCAGUUUCAUCCUGCAGUUCCAGCUUCAUGAGAAACUUUGUGAGGCGGCGAAGCAGACCGGACCGCUGCACACAUGUGACAUCUACCGCUCUGCAGAGGCGGGAGCCGUUCUCAAGAAAAUACUCCUGGCGGGAUCGUCCAGACCCUGGCCUGAAAUUCUCCAAGACGCUAUAGGCACCAAUAAGUUGGACGCCAGCGCGUUGAUGAAAUACUUUGACCCUAUAAUUAAGUGGCUGGAACAGCAAAAUGUGAACGAGACACUGGGAUGGCCCGAGUUCAACUGGGUCCCGCCCGUCCCUGAGGGCUACCCCGAGGAUAUUGACAAGAAUACAGAUGAGGUUGCUGCGAAGGCGCUUCUGGAUGAGUACAACAGCACAGCGGAGGUGGUGUGGAACGCCUACACCGAGGCCUCCUGGAAGUACAACACCGAUAUCAAUGAAGCCAAUAAGCAGGCAAUGCUGGAGAAGAGCCUGGAGAUGUCGGCCCACACCCUGGAGUACGGACAGAAGGCCCGGCAGUACGACACCACCGACUUCCAGGACGGCUCUGUCAAAAGAAUCAUCAAGAAGCUCAGCGACAUCGAGAGGGCGGCGCUGUCCCCGGCCGAACUGGAAGAGUUCAACACCCUCCUGUCCAACAUGGAGACCAAGUACAGUGUGGCCAAGGUCUGCAAAGACGACAGCACCUGCUAUCCUCUGGAUCCAGAUCUGCAGAAACUCAUGGCGGAGUCCAGGGACUACGACGAGCUGCUGUUUGCCUGGAAAGGAUGGAGAGACGCAGCUGGAAAAGUGCUCCGUCAGGAUUACAAGAGAUACGUUGAACUGGCCAACAAAGCCGCCACACUCAAUGGUCACACUGAUAACGGGGCCUUCUGGCGGUCCCUGUACGAAACCCCCACCUUCGAGGAGGACCUGGAGAGCCUGUGGAAGGAGCUGGAGCCGCUCUAUCUCAACGUGCACGCCUAUGUUCGCAGGGCUCUGUACAAAAAAUUUGGUUCUGACAAAAUCAACCUGAAGGGGCCCAUUCCCGCUCAUCUGCUGGGGAACAUGUGGGCGCAGACGUGGUCCGGCAUCAUGGAUCUGGUCAUGCCCUACCCCGAUGCCACACAGGUGGAUGCCACGCCGGCCAUGGUGGCGCAGGGUUGGAACGCAACCAAGAUGUUUCAGGAAUCAGACAGAUUCUUCACCUCUCUGGGUUUGGAGCCCAUGCCGCAAGAGUUCUGGGAUAAGUCCAUGCUGGAGAAGCCGUCUGACGGGCGCGAGGUGGUGUGCCACGCUUCUGCAUGGGACUUCUACAACCGGAAAGACUUCAGGAUAAAACAGUGCACCGUGGUGACCAUGGACGACCUGAUCACCGUGCACCACGAGAUGGGCCACGUCCAGUACUUCCUGCAGUACAAAGACCAGCCGGUGUCGUUCCGCGACGGCGCCAACCCGGGCUUCCACGAGGCCAUCGGCGAUGUGCUGGCUCUCUCUGUGGCCACCCCCAAGCAUCUGCUGAGCAUCGGGCUCCUGGACAAAGUCGAGAGCAACGCCGAGAGUGAUAUCAACUUUCUGAUGAGCAUGGCACUGGACAAGAUCGCCUUCCUGCCUUUCGGCUACCUGAUGGACCAGUGGAGAUGGAAGGUGUUUGAUGGACGCAUCCCGUCCACCGAGUACAAUAAAGAAUGGUGGAACCUCAGAUUGAAGUACCAGGGUCUGUGCCCACCGGUGGAUCGCACUGAGGAAGACUUUGACCCCGGGGCAAAGUUCCACAUCCCUGCUAACGUGCCCUACGUCAGGUACUUUAUCAGCUUCGUCAUCCAGUUUCAGUUCCACAAGGCUCUCUGUGACGCAGCCAAGCACACCGGACCCCUCCACACCUGCGAUAUCUACCAAUCCCAAGAAGCUGGGAAGCUGCUGGGUGACGUGAUGAAGCUGGGCUUCAGUAAGCCCUGGCCGGAGGCGAUGACCAUGAUCACCGGCCAGCCGAAGAUGAGCGCCGAGCCGCUCAUGGAGUAUUUCAGACCCCUCAUCCAGUGGCUGGAGGAGGAGAACAACAAGAACGGAGACAUUCGCGGGUGGCCCGAGUACGACUGGAAACCUCUCACCCCGUCAGAAGAAGUGUCAGAUGAAGUGUCAGAUGAAGUGUCCUUCCUGGGCAUGACCCUGGACAGCUCGGCGGCGGUCGCCGGGCAGUGGGUCCUCCUGGCUCUCGGCCUGUUCUUCCUGCUGUGCACCAUCCUACUGGCCUACAUGUACAGGAAGUCAAAAAGGCGCGACAAAGGCUUCAGCCUGUCCACGAUGGAGCUCAAGCAGAAAGAUUAGCUCCCCGCCCAACCCGAGGGGCUGAAUUACUGUAACUAGCACAUUACCAACCUCAAUGUGAACAUCAGUGUUUGUGUGUACUGACGUACAUCUUUUAAAAGAAAAAUCUGCUCUUCAUUCAUCCAGUCUUGUAUAUUUAUUGUAUACAAUUAAACUCAAAUUAUUUUUUUGCCUAUGCAAUAGACCAUUUCAAUUUUGUAAUUUAUUUGUAAUAUUUGAAUGUUAAGGGAGGAACUGUUUAAAAAAUUAAUGUUUGUAAAGCCAUUCAUGUGUAAGCUUCUUUUUUUUGGGGGGAGGGGAUAUUUGAUUUUUUUUUUUCU